GAUUAGUGCUACGAAUAAGUGAUCUGCGAACGACGAAUGAUAAAAAAGAAAAUAAGCAAAAAUAUACAAAUACAUAUUGAGCCAUAGUCGUACGAUAGCCAAUUCUAAGCAUCGACAACGUUUUUUUUUGUUCAUUCGCAAAUCGCAAAAAGAACGUCUGUUGUUUACUUGUCCCUUGUGUACGUAAUAGUGUUGAUUGCAUCGCACGAGAACGAAAUUAUUCGCAAAGAUUUUGAUUUAAAUUGAAAUUUUUUUUACUUUCAACGCAUAAACACAAUAUUAGCAUUGGACAUUGUUUGAUAUUUCAAAGCCGCUAAAUCUCUGUUUAUAACCACAAAAAAAAAAGUUGAAUUUUUGAGAUGGAAAAGAAAUUUCGUUACGAUUGUGUGUGUUAGGUUUUUUCCCUCUGUUCUUCUGUCAAAAUUGUUGCGAAAAAAAAAUUAAGUCGAGUGUAGAGUGAAUUGAUAUUCAAAAAUAGAUGAAUAAUGUUUUUGAUCGAUGGUGCUCAAUUCGCAGCACAUCAUGUUACGUAAAUGAAAUUAUUUGUUCAUUCUUAGUUGCAAUAUUUUUAUUUUCUGAGCUUUUUCAUCUCAAUUGACAGAGGCCGAGGGAGAGAAAGAAAGAAAGAGUGAGAGUAUUUAUUUUGCAUUGCCAAAGGUGAAUUAGUCGUAAAACUUUGGGAUGCAUAUAAGGAAUAAAAAGAAUGUGCCGAUUUUAUAAGUAGAAACUAUUUCACUGCUCAUGAUAAACACAUUUUUUGAAGAAAAUUCUGUGUCGAGUGCAAAGUCUAUGUAAAUUACCUUACGAACAUAAAAACAAAUGAAAGUGAUUUGUUGACACUUAUUACACAUCUUACUUUGGAUCUAAACAAUAUGACGAAAAAGAAACAAUUUUAAACAUUGAAAAUCCAUGAGAAGAGAAUAUAAAAAAAUAGUAUACAAUUUGGUAAAAGUGAGAAAGACAUAACAGCAGCAACGACAACGACAGCAGCGAUCAAGACAACAACAACCGCAAAUAAAUACUGACUGCGAUUUGGUUUUACAAAAUAGGACACAAUUUUAAAUGAUUGCAUUGCACAAUUUGAAGAAUAUAAAUUAUGACACAACGUGAACGUGAUACAAUCAUUCACUUGCUUGCCGGAGGAUUUGCUGGUACAGUUGGAGCAAUUGUGACUUGUCCACUUGAGGUAGUCAAAACUCGGUUGCAAAGCUCAUCACCAUUUUAUCCAUCGCCUAUAUUAGACGCUGCACAAAAAGUAACCACAAAUGCUGCACAAUUCAAAGGAACAUCGCAAAAACGCGACAUUUGCACAUCUAUUCUGCGAAAACGCUCACAAGUCAGUAUUUUAACCAUAUCGCAGUGCGGAAUAUCUUCUAGUUCACAAUCGAUUAGUAUUUGGCAAUGUUUAAAAUACAUAGUCAAUACGGAAGGCUCGCGAGCUUUAUUUAAGGGACUCGGUCCAAAUAUUGUUGGCGUUGCCCCGAGUCGGGCCAUAUACUUCUGUGCCUACUCCCAAACAAAAACGUCACUUAGCUCUUUACACAAUUUAUCAGUCGAUUCACCAAUCGUUCAUAUUUUAUCUGCAUCUUGUGCUGGUUUUGCUGCGGCCACGGCAACAAAUCCAAUAUGGUUUGUAAAAACGCGUCUUCAACUCGAUCACAAUUCGGAGGUAAAAAUGACACUCAGAGAAUGUGUGAGAAAAAUUUAUCGCACAUCAGGCAUUAUUGGAUUUUACAAAGGAAUUACAGCUAGCUAUGUGGGAGUAUCAGAAACAGUCAUCCAUUUUGUUAUCUAUGAAGCAAUUAAGGCUAAAAUUAAUAAUCUGCGACGAACACAUCCGGCCGAUGGUAAGACUUCUCGUGAUUUUGUAGAAUUUAUGGGAGCUGGUGCCGUUUCAAAAACGGUGGCUUCGUGUAUUGCCUAUCCGCAUGAGGUAGCACGAACUCGACUACGUGAAGAAGGUAAUAAAUACCGUUCAUUUUGGCAGACGCUAUUUUUGGUUUGGCGUGAAGAAGGCAAAGCCGGUCUCUACCGAGGUCUUGCAACGCAGCUAGUUCGCCAAAUUCCAAACACGGCGAUUAUGAUGUCUACUUACGAAUGUGUUGUAUAUAUAUUAACUAGGCAUUUUAAUAAUGAAUUCUACGAUGCCUGAAAUUGCGAACGCAACCAAAUUGAAAGGAAUUUCGAAAACUCGAGUUUUCUGAGUCUCUGUGCUAGACUCUUACGCGGUUCAAAGACAAAAAACUUAAAAUGUAACUUAUUUAUUGGGCCACAUGAUUUAUAGCUCCAACAAAUAUUAGUCAAUUCCACUCGCAAACCGAUGCAACAUCAGUUUAAAUGAAAAUAUAAAAAAAAAUUGCUAGCUCUUUCUGCGGUCUGAUAGAUUCGAUAAAAUAUUUUGUCUUUUUUUAAUAAAAAAAAAAACCUGUGUGUUGACUCCGGUUGACUCCAUUAUUGGAAACCAAUUGAAAAUCCGCUCGUUGUGCUUAUCACUUGCGCACACUUUUGUUUUGUUGUAAUAAUAGUAAUAUAAACGUUGAUUCUUGUCAUUAAAAAAAGCAAAAUCUAUUUUCAUGAGAAGGAAAUAAAAACAAAACUAAAUCAUUAAUGUUUAGGCGA